UUUUUUCUCGAUUAACAGAUAACCACUCGGCACAAGUCAUUUCAGCUAACAGCGAAGUUUACCAAGUUUUCUAAUCUUAAAAUUUUACUCUGAUAAUGUAACAGAAUCUGCCUUUAUAAUCGUCACUAAAUAAAAUUCAGCAAAGUCAAUAAUUUGUGCUCAGUGAUCGCGAGUGCUUUCUGUUGUCAUCAGUUAAUUUGUUCAUAAUUAUUCGUGCUUAAUUUCGGCUAUUUGUGAUACAAUGUCUCCGAAUUCAAAUAUUAAAGGUGAUGACUUAGUCAUAACUUCCAUUACCGCAAAGGACAUGCGAUGGCCUACCUCUUUGGGUGGACAUGGAUCCGAUGCUAUGCACACAGAUCCAGACUACUCCUGUGUGUACGUAACAAUAACGACGGAACGCGGUAUUUAUGGCAAUGGAUUGACAUUCACUUUGGGUAGAGGAACGGAUAUUGUCGCAAUGACCGUAAAGGCAUUGUCUUACUUGGUCAAAGGCCGUAAUGCUGGGGAUAUUUUCUUGAGUUUCGGUCAAUUUUGGCGUGAACUUACAUCGGAAUCACAAUUACGUUGGAUUGGCCCGGAGAAAGGCGUUACUCAUUUGGCUGUCGCUGCAAUCAUCAAUGCAUUGUGGGAUUUAUGGGCAAAGUUAGAAGGCAAACCAGUCUGGAAAUUGUUGACUGAUAUGGACCCAGAGUUACUCGUAUCAACAAUUGAUUUCCGUUACAUAACUGAUGUUGUGACGCCAGCUGAAGCAGUCGAAUUUCUCAGACAAAACGCUGCCGGUAAAGAGAAACGCGAAAAGGAACUAUUAGAAGUUGGUUAUCCUUGUUACACCACACAAGUUGGUUGGAUCGGAUACACUGAUGACUACAUUCGCGAAAAAUGCAAGGAAUACAUUGCAAAGGGAUUCACUGCGUUCAAAAUCAAAGUGGGUCGUGACAUAAACAGCGAUAUUAAGCGUUGCAAAAUCUUGCGGGAAGAAAUUGGAUGGACCAACAAGCUGAUGGUCGACGCAAAUCAAAUCUGGGAUGUAAAUGAAGCUAUUGAAUGGAUGGAAAAACUUGCCGAAUUUAAGCCGUUGUGGAUCGAAGAACCUACAUCGCCUGAUGAUGUUCUUGGUCAUGCCACCAUAUCCAAAGCUCUCAGCCCUUAUGGAAUCUCUGUGGCUACUGGAGAGAUGUGCGCUAAUCGAGUGAUGUUCAAACAAUUCCUCCAAGCGAAUGCUCUGCAGUAUUGUCAAAUUGAUUCGUGCAGAAUUGGAGGUGUCAAUGAAAUUCUAUCGGUUUAUUUCAUGGCUAAGAAAUUGAACGUGAAAGUGGUACCGCAUGCGGGCGGUGUUGGUCUCUGCGAAAUGGUUCAUCAUUUACAAAUGUGGGACUACACAUCACUUUCAGCCACCAAGGAAGACAGAUAUGUGGAAUACGUCGACCAGCAGCAUGAGCAAUUUAUCAAUCCGGUCGUUGUGACAAAUGCUCACUACGUAGCUUUGACGGCACCCGGAUACAGUACGGAAUUGAAACCGGAAGCUAUUGAGCAAUACGAAUUUCCCAAUGGUUCCGAAUGGCAGCGGAUGUUUGAUGAAGGCAUUUUUAAGAGAAGAGAAUAGAUAAUUGAAAUGUUGUAGCUCGUGAGGGGUUCGUUAAUUUAGAAAUAAAAUUUUAAAUCUGAAAAU